CAACAGUCCAAACUCGUGGGCAGCCCUGCGGCGCGACGAAGGUGCUAGCUAAUCGCAUCGCUCUACGACACGAAUACCACGCACUUUUGCAGCUGCUCCGCACGCCGUCGAGGCGAAUGCCAAUGCCUGUCGGCGCCGCACCGUCGCGAGCCGCCGCCUCGGCACCUACGAAGACACGAGAAGAAGUCCUCGAGGCCGUCAAGAGCGGCGCCUUUCCGUUGAAAGAUAACGAGCGAGAUUCUCUCAGGAACCGGAGCACGCCUUUAUGUGGCACUCCGCUCCGGUCGCUCUACACGCUGCUCAUCCUCCCGCUAGCCCUGACGCGCAUCGUGCUCUUCAUCGUCGUGUUCACCUCGACGGGCUGCACGGCCGCCCUGGCGGCGUGCUUGCCGGCGCGGUCCUGCGGCCGCCGCUGUCUCCUCGCGAUAGCCAUGAGAGGCAUCCGAGCGGGCCUCUUCUGCUUAGGCUACCACUACAUCCAACAGACCGGAAAACCAUCGCCGGAAGCCAAAAUCAUCUGCUCCAAUCACGUCUCAUUUGUGGAAACUUUUUACCUCACUUCGAUCCUGACGCCGUGUGGCAUGGCGGAGAUCGAAACAGUGGUGACUCAGCGUCUGUUUCUGACCGUUUCCGAACUUCAAGUUCGCGUCGAUGGCGUCGGCCACGCCACCGCGACGCCGUCGACGCGGCCGCAUGACAAUCUACGCGUCUCGCGAGUGAACGGAGGCAGAUUCGCGACGCUGUCGUUCGACGCAGGCGUCGAUCCCCAUGGUCGCGUCCGUGCUGCGCGCUUUGGAGUUCGUGCUCGUGGACAAGUCGUCCUCAGAAUCAAGGGCGAAGGCUGGGCAGGACAUGACGUCGAAAUUGUCUGAGAAAGACGCGCCCCAGUUCCUAGUCUUCGCCGAGGGCCAGACGUCCGACGGGAGACAAGUGUUGGCGUUCAAGGACGGCGCGUUCCGAUUGGGGCACACGGUGCAGCCCGUGGCCGUGCGCUACCAUCGUUCUUCAUAUGACCCUACGAAUGAUCCAAGCAACAUGGUCUGGCACUUCAUACGGGCUACCUUUGAUCUGCAUCACGGCAUGGAAGUGGAGUUCCUGGAUGUGACGUCCAAGGAAGCUGAUGAGACUCCUUCCGAUUUCGCGGGUCGGGUCCGUGGUAGUAUUGCCGAGUGCUUGCAAGUACUUUUGUCCAAUCAUUCCCAUGAUGAUCAGAGAUUGCAGCGACGGUGUCGGAAACUUUAUAAAAGGCCGCCCGAUGACCUGGCCUGGGCCAUGCCGGAGACGCGGACCUGCAAGCUUUUAUUGGGUUUGGAUUUGGAUGGGUGUACGGACGCGGCUCGCGCUUAUGUUUCUAGAGUGGAGGCGUCGCAGCUCGAGGUGAAGGAUGUGGACGCGUAUCGCAAGGCUCUCGACGUCUCGGAGGCGGACGCGGCGGCAUUGUGGGCGUCGCGCGAGGGCCCCCUGGCGUACCGCGAGUUCCUGGUGUCUUCUGCGCUGGGCCGGUGUGCGUAAUUAUCUCUUGAUUGU